ACCGGUUUUCGUAACCAUGAGCAAACAGAAAUUGGUGCCAGACAUCCAAAGGACAGCGUACAUUUCAAACCUUCCCUACGAUCUAACCAACAUUGAUGUGCAUAAACUAUUUUCCAAACAUGGCAAAAUUGUGAAAGUUACUAUACUUCGUGAUAAAACAACCAGAAAGAGCAAAGGUGUUGCCUUUGUCCUAUUCGCCAAUGCGUCGGAAGCAUUGGAAUGUUGCAACGCAUGCAAUGAUACGGAAAUGUUUGGCCGAACAUUGAAGGCGAGUAUCGCAAAGGACAAUGGUAAAUCGGGAGAGCAUGCUCAACGUAAACAGUAUCCAGACAAGAGCCGCUGUUACGAGUGUGGAGAAGAGGGACACAUGAGCUAUAGCUGUCCCAAGAAUGUGCUGGGAAGUAAAACACCACCACGAAAGGGUGGCCACAUGAGAGCGAAACGAAAACAUCAAAAUGAAGAGGAAGCUACCGGUUGGGGUAGUGAAUGUGAAUCGGAUGCACCGGUUGUGAGAGCUGAUUUAGAAAUGACUGCUGUGAAUACGAAGAAGGUGAAGUACAAAAAAAGUGCUUACUUCAGCGACGACGAAGAACUCGAUACAGAAGAUUAAAGAUAUUGCAUAAUUAUCUCUUUCCUAUUUGGUUCUACUGCAAACUGUAUUAUACUGGGUAUGCCCUGCCUACGGUCUGUAACUUGAGAUACCCAUGACCGAAUAGAUAAAGCCUACGAAGCAGGAAUGUUGGUGUUAGUGGCAGCAGUCUUCAUAUGGCAGGAAGCAGCACUAAAUUUUAAUCACUUGGUUCCCCUACUACUGGCACACUACUGACAACUCAGGAAUACGGGAAACUAAAGUCAAGGACGGCUAGAAAUUGUAGGUCAAGCCUCGUUGGUAGCGCCACAAAAAGAAAGAUGAAGAGUAGACAAAGCAUAGGUCGAACAUUAUCCAAAGCAUAAUACGAAAGAUUUGAAUGAGAGGCAUGUUAGUAACCUACGUCGGAGCUUUAACCUAUCAAAUGAGAAUUCUCCAGAAAUGAAGUAUCGCGAUUGCGAGUUCUGCGAUUGCGAACGUGUUCAAUCAGUAGCCUACACUCAAGGAAAGUUUUAUAAUUUGUAGUAUGUUCUAAUUCGUUUUGAAAAAGGGUCUCAUAACUCUCAUGCUUUUUUAAAAUGAGCUGCAAGUUAAUGUACUUUGAAUGAUUGCUAAACGAUCAGUUCAACAAACAAAUUUAGUAAUUCAAUUCGAAAUUCUGCUUACAGUUGCAGAGCAUCAACUCCAGUGCUCUGCGUGAAUUUGUAAAUAGCAUAUUACUGGCUUCUGUCGAAUACAGGAAGUAAUUAAGAAUAUUGUACAGUAAUUUUAUCUUUACAUUCCUUCAAUGAUAUUGGUUUUAUCCCUAUAUUUAGCAAUAAUAUACUUAUAGAUACUGCAAAAGAU